AUGGCCGCUGAAUCCACCAUAGAUCAAAGCAGCCCUUACUACAUUCAUCCAAGCGAGAACCCCGCCCUGAUUCUAGUCGCACCACCGUUGGACGGUUCAAAUUAUCACACCAAUUCCUCUUCUUUUACUGCACUUUUGGUGUAUGUUGAUGAUGUGGUUCUUACUGGUAAUGAUCUAACUGAGAUCAAUCUUGUUAAACAACAAUUAGAUGCAUCAUUUACCAUUAAGGAUCUUGGUGACCUUCAGUAUUUUCUUGGGUUAGAGCUUGCUAGAACUAAGCAAGGUAUUUUUUUAUCUCAACGAAAGUUUGCCUUAGAGUUGCUUGAAGAUAUUGGUUAUUUGGCCUGUAAACCAGCAUCCACCCUAAUGGAUCCUCACCUUAGGCUUUCUAAAGAUAAGGGUCAACCACUUCCAGAUCCACAGCUUUAUAGGGAACUCAUUGGGAGACUCCAAUACCUCACUACCACUCGGCCUAAUCUUAGUUUUGCUACUCAACAGUUGAGUCAAUUUAUGUCUGAUCCACGAGACAUUCACUUACAGGCAGCACAUCGUGUCUUAAGAUAUCUAAAAUCUUCUCCUGGUGCCGGCCUUUUUCUCUCUUUGACAUCUGAUUUGAAGUCAAGAAGCUUUAGUGAUUUUGAUUGGGCAAGUUGUAUAGAUACAAGGCGUUUUGUAACUGGUUUUGCUGUGUUCAUUGGUUCUUCUUUGAUAUCUUGGAAAGCAAAGAAACAAUCAACAGUGUCUCGGUCUUCCUCUGAAGCUGAAUAUAGAGCCCUAGCUUCUACUACUUGUGAAUUGCAAUGGCUCAUAUAUCUUCUCAAUGAUUUUGAUCUAUCUCAUAUUGAUCCAGCACUACUGUAUUAUGAUAAUCAGUCUGCCAUUCAAAUUGCAACAAAUCUCACUUUCCAUGAAAGAACAAAACACAUAGAAUUAGAUUGCCACUUAGUCAGAGAAAAGUUACAAGCCAAGAUCAUUCACCUUCUUCUUGUUAGCUCUUCAGACCAAUUAGCAGAUAUGUUCAUAAAACCACUUCAUCCUACAAGGUUCCAUGAUCUUAUUUCCAAGCUGGGCAUGAAAAAUAUCCAUGCUCCAGCUUGUGGGGGUGAUAGGAUAACAAUUAUUGUUAGGUUAAUACUUGUAAUUAAGUUAUAA